GCAAUCAAUCCUUACAGUAAUCGUUGAUUGUUUGGGGAUUUCGAAUGCAAACGGGGAAUCAGAACAUUGCCGCACUCGGCUACGAUUCGGUUGGGUAGGUUGGUACAAGGCAUAGGUAGUUGAACCGAAAAAUUCAACAUCAGUGAAGUCGGCGGCGGUUCGGAACGGUGAGAUAAGUAAUCGUUGCGAUUGGACUGUGGAUUUUCUGGAAAUGUCAGACAGCUCGCUUUCUUCGUCUCGAAACUCCUACACCGAUGCGGACUCCUCGCCGUCUCCGGCCGGGGCAGGGCUGGCAGGGCUGGCAGGGACCCCACGGACAGGCACCUCGGCCACAGCCGCAACCUCUUCCUCCGAGUCCGGCGGGACGUGGCGCAUGUCGGACAGGGUGGACAGCGAUGGCGAGUCGUCUUCAUCGGGGGCAGUCGGGCACCCCAACGGGGAUGAUGGCGAGGACGACCCCGAGACCUCCGACACGGACUGCACGGACCGCGAUGAGGUGAUUCUGUCCGUUUUCUGGAAAAAUGGGAAACUUGGUGGGGCAUCAUACAGCUUGCAAAAUCCUGUGGUCUAUUUACUCAACGAUAUUGCUGAUGAUUUCCAUCUUGGCUUCAAAGUACUGCAAAGUCUAUUCCUCCAAGUUCAGCCAACGCAAGUUUUAACAUGCAAAACCAUGCCACAUCGCUUCAUCUUGUUGCUGAACAAUCUCUUGAUAGGUGAAAUGGAAUCUUCAGAUGAGACCCUCCAUGGAAAUUUUCAUGUUCUUCCUGAUGCAGAAUUCAGAAACAACAACAGUUUGCGCCAAGUCUUUAAUCUUAAACUGCCUGGAGAGCCAGAAGACUUACCAGAAGAGGAACACAAGCAGUUCAUCCGGUCUUUGAUAGACACAAGUCAAGACUCAAUGAUCAAUGCCCUAGCACGUCUUCUCAAAUACUUAACUAACAAUCUAGCAUGGCUCUGUCUGUCACAUGCUCAAAGCCCAAUACUUGGACUGAGAAACCUUUGCAUUGAGCAGCAGGUGUGGAUAAAUAGUGAAACUUACCACGCUCUUCAAAUUUUCACCCACACUGCUCAUCCAUCCCUUUUCAAAUGGACGCCAGAUGCGCACAAAGAGGGAUUCAGUAUUUUUGGUCUGUUAAACCGCUGUAAUUCCAAGCUAGGCAGCAAAUUCUUGAGAGGCACAAUGCUUCAACCUACAACCAAUAUUCAGGAGCUUACCAAGAGACAUGAAGUCAUUAGAUUUUGUAUGGACCCAGCACACGAAGAUGUUGUCAAAAAAAUGCAAGAGUGCAUUCGUCAAGUUCAGAGUAUUUCUGGAAUGCUUCCAAGAUUAUUUGCGGCUCAGGCAACAAUAGCACAAUGGAAAUCUUUGAGAAAGACCAAUCACAACAUAUUGCGGAUCCGAGAAAUAUGCAGCCGAUUUUCAAAUACUGUCCCAUUCUUUGAAAAGGCAAGGUCUGUCAUAUCUGAUGAUUUGUAUCGAGUUGGACAUCUCAUGGAUCAAAUCAUCGAUUUCCAGACUUCAGAACAGACUAAGCAAUUUUGUGUUUUACCAGGAGUCGACAAUGAUUUAGAUAAGAUGAAACACACUUAUGCUAACUUAAGUGACAUGAUGAUGGAAUUAUCUCCCAUGGAGUUGCAAGACUUGCCAGACUAUAUUCCGGAAUGUUCUGUAACAUUUUUACCAGAAAUAGGAUUCUUACUGUCCAUUGCUGAGUGGAAGAAUGAUCUCUCUGUGGAGGAGAUGCAUCUACCCGGCUUCAAAUACAAAUUUACAGCAAACAAUACGAUUUACUACAAGAGUCCUCGUUGCAGAGAGCUAGAUUCUUCCUUGGGAGACAUUUUUCUUCGCAUAAGUGAAUUGGAACUUCGCAUCAUGCUGCGACUGGUUCAGUAUAUACAGCAGCGCAUAGAUUCUCUCUUGGAUUCAAUGAGCUAUGUUGGAGAAUUGGACUGUCUUAUUGCCCUGGCUAGUGUUGCAAGGGAGUAUGGCUAUGUAAAACCAACUAUGACCACAGGGCAUGAAAUUUUGAUUGAGAAGGGACGUCACCCACUGCAGGAAUGCUAUGUCAGCAACUAUGUGCCAAAUAAUACAUCUUCAAAUUCGGAACAUGGUUUGGUAAAAAUUCUUACUGGACCCAAUGCCAGUGGCAAAAGUGUUUAUCUGAAACAAGUAGCAGUCAUAGCGUAUCUUGCUCACACAGGAAGCUUUGUGCCAGCAAGAAAAGCUGUUAUUGGUGUACUGGAUCAAAUUCACACCAGAAUACAAACAACAGAAUCUGCUGCAUCUCAACUUUCUGCAUUUGUGAUUGACUUAAGACAGAUGAACACUGCUGUUUGUAUGUCCACUAAAUCAUCUCUCCUUGUGAUUGACGAAUUUGGGAAAGGCACUUCAGAAGUGGACGGUCUUUCGCUCCUGGCCGCCUUUUUGAACCAUCUGACCAGAAGAGGUCCAAGUAAUUGUCCUCAUGUUAUUCUUUCCACUCAUUUCCACCGUCUGAUUGAUUUGAUAGAAGUUAGCCCUCUUGUGAAAGCACAGGUUUUAGAACACAUUGUUUCUGAUGGAGAACUGGUAUACUUGUAUCAGUUGAAGUCUGGCCAAAUAAAAUCAAGUUUGGCCAUCGAGGUGGCAAAAGCUAAUGGAAUACCAGACCAGCAGAUAAAUAGGGCUCAGGAGGUGUUGAAUGCUUUGAAAGGUGGUUUACCAAUUAAGCCAAUCAGUUCCCACAAAAAAAUGCACCUAUCAAAAACGGAAGAAACUUGUGUUCAAGAUUUCUCUGAAAUGACAAUCACAUCAGAUCAGAACAUUGAUGAUAUAAGGAAGACUAUUUCUAAUUUAAAGUGACAGUAUUGUGAUAGGCAGUUUCGUAAUUAAGCAAACGAGAUGUACUUGAAAGAUCACAAUCUUUAUUAAACUUGAAACUUGAUUAAACUUCUCUCACAUAUGUAAAAGAUUAAAAUUUGAUGGAUAUAUUUUUA